AUGCCACAAGCCUUCCAGGGAGAUGAAUUCUUCGCUCAGGCUGAGAAUCGCUGGAAUGAGGAAGGAAUCUCUGUGUCGAGGAUCCUGGAACAUGGAACAGGAGAGCUUUUCAGCAACUGGCUUGAAAAAAGAAUAAGAAUAGACGAUGAAAACCUAAUUCACCUCAGAUUUGCUGGUAACAUCACAUUCUUUUCCUCCACCAAAGAAGAACUUCAACAAAUGCCCGCUGAGCUAAACGAAGCAAGCAAAUCAGUUGGUGUUCACGUGAACCUCCGUAAAGUCAAGUGCAAUAAAUACACUGAACAUGCAGACGAGAUCCAUGAAAUUGAAAACCAACAAAUCGAGGAAGUGCAACACUACAUCUAA